CAAAAGCUAAAAGCAAAGUAUUGGUUGAUAACAAUACUCUUACUUUGUACGUUUUUUGUUUAAUGUACUCACAGUUCUAUCAGUUUAUUACGUUUUUAAAGUUUAAAAAAGUAGUCACUGUUCACUGUAUGUUGUAAAUAGUUUACAAACAGCUACUGGGGAAACGCAUUGAACAUUGACUUGAUUUAUGCGUAUUUUGUAUCAUUAAAUGUCAAAAUAAGAUAAACAAAAGACUGUUAGGUAAUCCAGGAUGCUAAUUCAGCAAUUUUAACAUCGUAUCUCAUCGUUUUUAUGCUACAAGAAAUAAAUUUAUGGCUACUUAACUAAAAAAAUAAUGAGAUUUAAAUUAUUUAAUUGCAAAUCACCCUACAGUGUUGGAGCUUUUGCAUUUGCAAUUUUAGGUUGUUUAACACUAAUAAUUGCAUUAUCAAGUCCAUACUGGCUUGUAUCGAAUCCUGAUUCUGGUUCUAAUUUCGUUCGAUUGGGUUUGUGGAAUGUUUGCUUUAAAGAGUAUCGUCAUCCAUCUUUGAAGUUUGAUAGUAUAUUUGAUGGCUGUUAUUCAUUCCAUGGUCAUCGGUCUGAAACUAUUCGGAAUUUAUUACAACCAGGAUGGUUUGUUUUAGUUCAGUGUUUGACAACAUGUGCUACUUUGUUGUCAGCUCUAAGCAUAUGUUUGCUGGCAUAUAUGACAUUGCAAGUUGAAAGGGAGAUCAAAAUAUUUGUGUCAGCAUUUGUGUUUGUUUUGGAAGCUCUUUCUGCUCUUCUUGCAUUCCUCGGAGCUUGCGUGUUUGGAGCUAUGAGUUUUGAGCGGUCGUGGAUUCAGUUUCCCAAGUCCAACUCACUCUCGUGGGGCUAUGGUUUUGUCGUAUUAUCUGCCAUACUGCUGUGCACUGCGGCUGGAUGUCUUCUGGUUCAUGUGUUCAGAAUGAGGAGAAAUCUCUACAGGAACAACAUACUGUAUCACAUACCUGUUUCUUACAGAAUUUGAAAUCUUCUCAACUAAUCAGUGGCUGCUGAUAUAUUUUUUAUAACAUUUUCAUCAUAGUAUGUAAUUCAUGAAAUUUAAAUGAGAUAUACCCAAUUUACCACGAGGUUCCUUCCAAUUAGUUGAAUAUAGCACUAUAUGAGUGCUAUUAGUAACCGGUGAAGCCUAAUCUAGCCUUUAUAAAGAGACUGUAAAUAUUGGCUUGAUUUUAUAGUCAUAUAGUAAUAAAUUUUGCCAGGGUUUAUGUAUUAUGGCGGUAAAAAAAAGAUGAACAUACAUGCAUGUGAUUUAUUAGUAAACAUGUUAGAUUUAUUUUUAAAUUAUAAAUUAAUUUUGCUUUAGUGUUCGAUACUUUUCUAUUUACUUUAGGUUAGGGUU